GUAUCUCAUCUUGUCGUUGGAGAUGGCAGAAGAUGGGAAGUUCCGAAUUGAGAAGUUCGAUGGUACAGAUUUCAGUUGGUGGAGAAUGCAAAUUGAAGAUUUGCUGGUUCAGAAAAGAUGUCAAAUGCAGAUUGGGCAGGUUUGGAUCGGAAAGCAAUGUCCGUGAUCCGACUCUCGUUGACCAAGAAUGAUGCAUUCAACAUUCUGAAGGAGACGACAGCGAAACGCAUCAUGGAAGCGCUGUCUAACAUGUACGAGAAGCCAUCUGCGGCAAACAAAGUGUUUCUGAUUAGAGAAUUGUCUGGAACUGUUACAGCAGUUACCAGUUCAGCGGGACCUGACGGAUUCACUUUUGAGAAGAUUCGUGAUCUCGUUCUUGGCGAGGAUGUCAGAAGAAGGAGUUCUGGCGAGUCUUCGGAAGAAUCACUAAAUACCGUCAAAGGUAGAAGAAAUAACAGAGGUAGUGGGAGUAAGAACAGACAAAGGAGUCAAUCGAAGACACGGGAUAGCUCAGGUGUAACAUGUUGGAAGUGCAAGGAGGUGGGGCAUUUCAGGAAUCAGUGCCCGAAAGAGGAUAAGGAAGUGAACAUUGCUAGAGGCUCCGCGGACGACGAGGAUUUGUUUAUCUGUUGUGCGGAGAGCAGUGUAGAUUCCUGGGUCAUGGAUUCUGGUGCUUCAUUUCAUGCUACCCACAGCGGUGAAGCAUUGCAGAAUCUAGUUGUUGGGGACUUUGGAAAGGUACGACUAGCAGACGACAAAGCUCUUGAUGUGACGGGCAUGGGUGACAUAGUGCUGAAGACCCCAGUCAGUUUCUGGACUUUGAAGGAUGUCAGAGUGGUUCCAGCCUUGAAGAAAAGUUUGAUUUCUGUUAGGCAGUUGGACGAACAGGGACACGAGGUGAAGUUCAGAAACGGGCAGUGGAAGGUCUUGAAGGGAAAUCUUGUCAUGGCCCGCGGAAGGAAGAGUGGUUCGUUGUACAUGGUCGGGUUAUCGUCUCAGGGAGUGACCGUCCCAGUUCAGAAGAGAAACAAAGUCCGGUUCAUAGAGUCUCGUGGGCAGAAGAAGGUUUUCUAUGCAAGAAAGAAACCCAGAGCCACAGGUCAGACUCAGGAUGAACGAGCGAUGAAAGGUUCAAUGAGGCCAGUCAGAGGUAUCUGUGGCAGUGGGAGCACAGGUUUUGCUUCAGCCAAGGAUGUUCCAGGAUCCGGCAGUGCAUGUGUGCAGUGGGAGCCGGUAGGGACCGAGGAUGAGUCAGGGGAAGUUCAAGCCAUGACUGAUGGGUUGAAACUCAGGAGAGUUUCAACAGAGUCUUCUCGAUGAUCAAGAAGGCUGGUGGCAACUAUGUUGGGAAUUAAACACACAACACACACAAAUAAUCUGCGAGAAACGAGAGAAACGGAACACAAACGACACACAAGAAUUUAACGUGGUUCGGUUUCCCUAAUCCACGGCUGCAACAGGAGGAUUUUUUU